AUGUUCAGAAACAUUGUUACUGCAGCUCUCCUAUCCUCUGCCCUUGCCAGUGCUUCAACCGCGCACACAAAUGGCAAAGCCCCCUGCGCAAACGUGCACAUGAUGCUUGCCCGAGGAACUACCGAAAGCUACCCUGGCCUUCUGGGGUCUUUGACUGAACUGGUCAUGGAUGCUGUCCCGGACAGCGAUUACGAAAAUAUCAUCUAUCCCGCCACUCAGGAAGGAUCAACCCCCAGCUAUGAGGAGGGAAUUUACAAUGGAACUGCCCAGCUGAAGGCUUAUGUGAAGGCUUGUCCGGAAUCCAAGGUGGUUCUGUUCGGAUAUUCUCAGGGAGCUAUGGUUGUGAGCGACAUGCUGGCUGGUGGCGGUGAUAACGGAACUUUGGGAAAUAUCACCGCUCCUGCUGUUGACCCUGAAACCGGAUUGCACAUUGCUGCUGUCCUUCUCUACGGAGACCCCCGUCACAUGCCCAACCAGACAUACAACGUCGGAGAUGUGACAGCUACUGGCAAAUACCCACGCACUCCCGAGCAACUUGCGGCCCUGUCGCAUUAUGCCGAUAGACUCCACGACUACUGCGACGACAAGGAUGGCGUUUGCGAUGCUGCCGGCACCAACCUCUCCGCUCACCUGGCUUAUGCCACUAUUUGGGACAAGGUCGCUGCUACUUGGGUUGAGAGCAUGAUGCAAAAAUAA